CGUAAGCGAGACCGUCCCAUUUAAAGCCGCUCGGUUCGGCCUUCACGGCCUACGAAGGAUACAGCUGCUGAAGUGGGGCACUGCUUCGUGCUGCUCACGGGCUCUGAUGGAUGCUAGCUUCGUGUGUGAUGGACUGUUAGCUGGGAGAGUUUAGUUUGGUGCUAAGACGGAGAAACAUUUCAGGGUGUGAAGCAAUAGUGGAGAGUUUAUCGAUGAGGACUGACUGCUGCAGAAGAAAUCUGCUCUGAGGUUAACAGAACGUCUGAUCGUCCAGUAUGAGAUCAACCUUCAGCGCAGACUGCUGGAUAUCAGCCGGAAACCCGAGAUAAAGUUACGCAUGAGUGACCCUUAGUUCCUCAAGAUCUCCCACAGCAACAUGAAGUGUGAGGAAGAGGAGGGCCUGUAUGACCAGCAGGUCUCCAACCAGGAGAGGAACUCCAGUCUGGACCAGGAGGGCCCAGAUCCUCCACAGAUCAAAGAGGAAGAGGAGGAACUCUGCAUCAGUGACGACGUAGAAAAGAUUGUACUCAAACAGGAGGACGAAGGUCUCGUCUGGACUGAAGAAGAGCAGCUCAGACAGCUGGAUAACAUCUGGAAACCUGAAAUGAACUUACACAGCAGGGCUUUCCCACAACAGCGUGAAUGUGAGGAGGAGCUGGUUUUUGGGGACCAGGAGAGAAACUUCAGCCUCGACCAGGAGGAUCCAGAGCUUCCACAUAUUAAAGAGGAACAGGAGGAACCUUGCACCAGUCAGGAAGUAGAUCAGCUUGUAGUGAAGCAGGAGACCGAAGGCAUUAUUAUCUUCAUGGUGGCUCCUACUUAUGAGGAAAGUGAACCAGAGCUGGACAGUGAACAUCUCCUUUCUUACAGCUCUCCUGAACCAGAGAGCAGAGAUCAGCAAGACAACUUUCCCGUGUCAGAGAGUCAGCGUAAAACUGACUCAAGUAAAAAGUUUGUGAAAUGUGAGAUUUGUGGAAAAACCUUUGAGUAUCGAUCCAAACUAACGAGACAUAUGAGAGUUCACACAGGUGAGAAGCCACAUUCUUGCAGCACCUGCGGAAAAAGAUUCAGCCUGAUGAUAAACUUGAAAACUCACAUGAGAAUCCACACAGGUGAGAAGCCGUAUUCUUGUGGCAUCUGCGGAAAAGAAUUUAGAGACCAAUCAACGUUCAAAAAGCACAUGACCGUUCACACAGGUGAGAAGCCUUAUUCUUGUAGCACCUGCGGGAAAAGCUUCAGUCAGAAACCAACACUGGAGAGACACCAGAGAAGCCACACAGGCGAGAAGCUGCACUCCUGCGGCACCUGUGGGAGGGAAUUCAGUCAGAUGAUAAACUUGAAAACUCACAUGAGAAUUCACACAGGUGAGAAGCCUCAUUCAUGUAGCACCUGUGGGAAAAGCUUCAUUCAGAGGAUACAGUUACAAAGACACAUGAGGAUCCAUACUGGUUCCCAAAUCAACAUGAAGUGUAAGGAGGAGGAGGAUCUGGAUGAUCAGCAGGUCUGUAACCAGGAGAGGAACUUCAGUCUGGACCAGGAGGACACAGAUCCUCCACAGAUCAAAGAGGAACAGGAGGCACUCUGCAUCAGUCAGGAGGGAGAACAGCUUGUAGUAAAACACGAGGAUGAAGGCAUCAUCGUCUGGACUGGGGAAGAGCGGCUCAGACAGCUGGAUAACAUCUGGAAACCUGAAGAAGAUUUACAGACUGCAGACCCCCACCAGCAAACCUCCUGUAAGGAGGAGGAGUUUUUCACCGAUCAGCAGCUCUGCAAGCAGGAGAAGAACUCAAGUCUGGACCAGGAGGACCCAGAUCCUCCACAGAUUAAAGAGGAACAGGAGGAACUCUGCACCAGUCUGGAGGUGAAGGAGAUUGUACUGAAGCAGGAGAUCAAUAGUUUUAUGGUGACUUCUAGUUUUGAGGAAAGUGACCUCAGUGAAUCAGAACCAAACGAUGACCAGCUCCUUGCUCUUAACUUUCCUGAACCAGAGCGUGUGGAACAGGAAGAAAACCAGCAUGUGGACUCGGGAUCAACUAGAAAUGCGGAGCUGAAGAAAAGGAGACAUCACAGAAACAGAAACAGAAAUAACUCUCAGAGUGAAACAAGUAAAAAAUCUGUAAGCUGUGACACUUGUGGAAAAACUUUUCAGUGUAAAUCCAACCUGACAAGACACGUGAGAGUUCACACAAGUGAGAAGCCACAUUCUUGUAGCACCUGUGGGAAAAGAUUCAUUUGGAAAUCAGGAUUGGAAACUCACGUAAGGAUCCACACAGGCGAGAAGCCGUAUUUUUGCAACACCUGUGGGAAAAGAUUUAAUAAGAAAUCCGGAUUUGAAAGUCACGUGAGAAUCCACACAGGUGAGAAGCCGUAUUUCUGUAGCACCUGUGGGAAAAGAUUUGGUAAGAAAUCAGGACUAGAAACUCAUUUGAGAAUCCACACUGGUGAGAAACCGUAUUCUUGCAACGUCUGUAGGAAAGAGUUUAGAGACUUGUCGACUAUGAAAAGUCACAGGAGGAUCCACACAGGUGAGAAACCAUAUAUUUGUAGCUCCUGUGGGGAAAGAUUCAGUUGGAAAUCAGGACUGAAUUUUCAUCUAAGGAUCCACCCCAGUGAGAAACCAAAUCACUGCAGCACCUGAGGUAGAAAAUGACCCCAUGUUAAA